CUUCUAUCCACAAUCACUAGUAUUCAGUACUUCUGUGAUAAAACCCAUCCUCAUUGAGUGACUCUUAUUAUUUAACACUGUAAUUUGAACAUUUUGAUCAAAUUUAAUUGAAUGUCAAUACUUUUUCCUUAUUGCAGCCACAACUACACACGUUCUUGUAAAAGAUGGAAUUUGCACCACAUUGGAUAAAACCAUGAUUGCUAAUGGAUAUUCACCAAACACAAAGCUCAAACUACUUCUAACAGUCAUCUGCUACCUAAGCAGAAGCAAUAGGUUUUGCGCUAGAAUGGUAAAAGUUGGUCUUGGACAGCAAGUGCUGCGAGUUUUCGAGAGAUGGGAAAGAUUCGACGGAAAAAUGAGAUACCGCAUCUGCUACUACACACUUCAGACACUGCAAAAUCUAUGUAGCACCAGUGAGUAUCCAUAUUACAAUAAUCAACAUUCAAAUUUCAAAAUAAAAAUAGAUCUAUUGAAUGCUGACUGCGGUGGCGUUGGGGUUGCUUUAAAAGAGAACAACUCAAGACGUCUCACUUUGAAUUUGAGAUUUUUCCUGUGCUCUAUACUUUUUGGGUAG